GUAGCUUCCAUCUUCCCAAAACCCUGCUCCCGAGCACCUCCCACUCUCGAUCCAAGUAGGCCACUCUCAUUAACCUUGCUGUGGAGAAUAUUGUUGGGUACAAGAUUCUUGCUAUUGUCAACUUGAUCAAGGAAGAAAGGUAUUUGACAGGGUUAGCGUUUAUGACUGGAGUCAAUCUGGUGUUGACAGCUUUUGUUGCUGUGUUGUGUGUGUUCCUUGCACCAACUGCAGCAGGACCUGGGAUCCCUGAGAUCAAAGCUUAUCUUAAUGGGAUUGAUACACCAAACAUGUUUGAUGCCACUAUUUUGCUUGUUAAGGUAGGAUUUUUCAGUAAUCUGGCACUUCAGACCAUUUGGUUGUUGGAUUGAGGUUAGUGGGUUUCGGCCCAAAUUCAUUGGAUGAGAGAUCUAACAAAAAUUCACUGUUUCUACCUUUUUAGAUUUCGGGUUUUUAGUGCUGGUGUAAAUGUAUCACCAUUUCAUAAUGGCAGACUGGCAGUG